AUGGCUCAACUUCCACACAACUUACAUGACAUUGUUAAAGAUGCAGACUCAGAAAUUGACACCUCCUCUCCACAGAAGGUGUUUAAACAGCUCCAGAAUGGAGUUCUCUUGAAUCAGAACACACAGCUGUGUAAGCAUAACGAGGACUCCGAUGCCAUCGACUUUAGGCUUUUUUCAAAGGGUCUCACGUACCAUGGGGGAGAUUGGAAAAGGUGCAAAAUGAAGGGCGUGGAAGUGAAUGAACUAAUAAGUGGAAAGAGCAUCGAGGUAAAAACGAAUUUCAAGACACGUAAACUAUCUCCAGACAAAACCUAUGAAGUUUCUUUCCUUAUAAUGAUGAAGGACAGAGCCAAGGGAUGGGAUAAACCCAUCACCCUGAAAUUUCAACUCCCAAAUGGAGAAACUGAACAAACCACAGAAAAUCUAAGUGAUCUAGAAACCAAUGUUUGGAUACAACUCACAAUUGGAGAAUUCCACAAUACCAGUUCUGGUAUGUCUGGUGAUAUGAAGAUCUCUUUGUCUUCACCGGAUGCUCAGGAGAAGACCAGACUCGUCAUCAGGGAAAUCGACAUUACUGCCAAAGAGUAA